AUGAGUCUCAACGGACCUUCUGAAUCAGUAAUAAGUGCAGUGGACUUUGUUCCAGUAUCCACCAUGGACGUGGAGGCGGUGGUGGGGCGCACCGCAUCGCUGCCAUGCGAUAUUGAACCUGACUCCCAUGAAGAUAGAGUCUACAUGGUGCUGUGGUUCAGGCACGCUGGGGGCAAGCCGCUGUACAGUUUCGACGUCCGAGGCCGUAGUUUCAAUAAAGCGCUUCACUGGAGCGACCCUCUCGCGUUCGGGAAGCGCGCUUACUUCGUCACCAUGUCACGUCCAUCUUGCCUCACGGUGGACUCCGUGCAGCUGGACGAUGAAGGCAUAUACAGGUGUCGGGUGGACUUCAAGAAUUCACCUACACGGAACUUUCAAAUACGCCUCAAUGUUAUUGUACCACCACACCAGUUAUUACUGUACGACGAAGCGGGACGAGAUUUAGCUGGUGUGGUAGGGCCUUUAGAGGAGGGAGGCAACUUCACACUGCUCUGUGAACUUAGAGGAGGGCGUCCACAACCGUCCCUAUCCUGGCUUAUCAACAACAGCCCAGUGGAGGAUCACACGAUCCUGAAGAACGACGGCAAGGUCAUCAUCAGCCGGAUCAGCAUCAACGGCGCGGAGAGGAGCUGGCUGAACAGCACCGUGCGGUGUCAAGCUACGAACACUGCGCUGUUGAGUCCACAUGAACGGACUGCGAGGGUCGAAAUGAAUUUACGCCCAACAUCAGUGCUGAUAGUAGAGAAGCCAGGCGAGCUAUCAGCUGACGCAGAAGUGACGUUGGUGUGCGUCACGCACGGCAGUAGACCGCCUGCGCAGGUCACGUGGUUCAGGGAGAACAGAAAAUACACUAGAGGAAAGCACAGCGAGCAAAUAAACGAGACGUCUACUAUCAGCAAGCUGACCAUGCUGCCGCAGCCAGAGGACGAUGGCGUCACGAUUAGGUGUCGUGCUGACAACCCAGUGCUGAGGGUGGCUUUGGAGGACUCCUUCAGGAUGAGUGUUGUUUAUAGACCGGUCGUUAGUAUGUCCCUGGGCAGCACGUUAAAUCCAAACGACAUAAAGGAAGGCGACGACGUGUAUUUUGAGUGCAACAUCAGGUCGAACCCUAAAGAGCAUCGCAUCUCAUGGUACCAUAACGAUGAGCAAGUCACUCAGAACAUGUCAUCAGGGGUGUUCAUCAGCACCAAGUCGCUGGUGCUGCAACGCGUGACACGACAAGAUGGUGGCCUGUACUCGUGCAGAGCAGCCAAUCAGAUCGGGGAGACCACCAGCCAAUCUGUGUACUUGAGAGUGCAGUAUGCACCGACCUGCGCUCAAACAACGCCAGUGGUGAUCGGAGCCCGUCUGGACGAGGCGCUCCGGGUGCGCUGCACGGUCAGCGCUGAUCCUGCUGAUGUGGCUUUCUACUGGCAAUUCAAUAACAGCGGUGAAAGCUUUCAAGUAUCACCCGCUAGAUAUGUGUCCACUGGCGGCACAGCGAGCGAGUUGCGAUACCGCGCAGCGAGCGAACGCGACUACGGCGCGCUGCUGUGUCGCGCGACGAACGCAGUCGGCACGCAGCAUAAGCCGUGCGUGUUCCAGAUUGUGCCAGCAGCACGUCCAUCCCCACCGAGGAACUGCACCGCCAACCGCGUGGUGACCAAGAAGGACGUGUACCUCUCAGUGAGAUGCAUAGCUGGGUACGAUGGUGGGCUGAACCAGUACUUCACGCUGGAAGCAGUUGGUGACACCAAUAGACUCCUGGUCAAUAGUACAGCUAGGAUGAAUGACCUCGUGGUAUGGCUGAACAUAAGCUGGUCGGUGCUGGAGUCGGUGAGUGAAGACGAGAUACUGACGGUCAGCGCUCGGAACAACAAGGGCGUAUCCGACCCUGUACUACUGAGAGAGCUGGUCUUCAAGGAUGCAGCUAAACAUACUGAGGAAACCGCAAGAAUGAUGGCCAAGUUCCCAGUCGCUGGGGCGUUCGCAGCUGUUGUAGCGGUGCUAACUACAGCAGUUGCUAUCGCAGCCCUGGUAUUUAAGAAGCGCAACGAGGCCUCAACCACCAACAAGAGACCCUGCCAAAGCGUGGUGCAGGUAGACGCCCAGGGGAGGAGGUACCUCAUCGCCUACCCCGCUGCUCACAACCAGGAUAAGUUGGAGACUAAACCUGACAUAUUGAAUCCGAAACACGGUGAAAGCGAUGGGCCUCGUGUUGUAUUGGAAUCCAGUGACAACACGAGCUACAUCAUCCGGGAAGCAAACCCGCUUCACCCACCUUCCGGCAUCAUGCACACACCACAUGACGAUAUGAUUCCGCCGAGAUAACAUAAGGGAGCCGGGACGUGUGACAUAUAUAAUGUAUAUAAUAAAUGAAUUAUUGUAAAUGAUGAUGCCAACGCUUAGUUGUAAGUGAAUUUAGACGAAUUC